AUCAACUAACAAACGGUGGUCUCGCGCGGUCAUGUAUGGACGUACGUUUUACGAUUCGCUCUCGGAUCACAUCCGCUAUUCACCUGGUGUAAAACCCAGUAUUGGCUAGCGAAUGAUUAGUGUGAAGUGAAUAAUAAAAAAUUAAGAAUAUUAUAGUUGUGAUUGGUGUUGUGUGUGUGUUUAGAUGAAUCUCUUCCAGUUCAAGGGGUUUAUUGAAUUAAAAAUAAGACGUACUUUGAUCGGAUUCUAUGAUUGGUUUGAGAAACUGUGUGAAUCAGAUUGGUGAGACGGAAAAACGAUUAACGCGUGCAUUUCUGCGUUAUAAAGUGGAAUCUGGAAACGUAAUUUGUUCAGAAUUCACACCGUGUAUAUGGUGAAAAAUACGUAAUCGAUCCGAUAGCUGAAAACUACGUGCAUUUUGCAUAGAUUUUCAUGUUCUUUGUUGUGAAGAAUAUUGUGCAAAACCGUCAACUCGUGAGUGUAUGUGUAUGUGCAGAAAUGACACAUAAACCAGUGGUGAAGCAAGUAAACAGCAUAGAACGCAAAUAGCAGGUCGAAUCAAGAGUUUAUUGACAUUUUUGAUACCCUAAUAGUCCCUUUGUUUUGUUGUUUGCAGCAGUUUCGUGUUGAAUAAAGUUUGAAAAUUAUUCAACCAAGACACUAGCUAUAACAGUAGGUAUCUAUAUUGAUGGGAAAGUGAGUUGAAAUAUGCUUCUACAUUGAAUUGCAAAAAUAGUAAAAACCAACACGAAAAAUUGACUACCGAAACCAGCCAAAUGCUUUAGGCGAAAAUAGAGGCAAAAGAAAAAAAAGUUGGCACAUGAAGCACAUUAUAGCGUGAUGCGUAUCAAAGCUGUGCAGCUGAAACGAAAAUAAUGCUGACAAACCACGCGAGAGAAAUUGCAUAAAUGUAAGCAUACAUCGAUCAAAGCAGGCUGGAUUUAAUUGUGGGUAAACGGUGUAUGAACGGUACCGAUUCCUAUUCAACAAUACAAUAACCCGAACCUGCUGGUGCUGGUGCUGAAUUCCGCCAGAGCGACACUUAAGCAAAGCUCUGGUUGCCAACCGUUGUAGUGUCUGUUGAUCUUAUUUCAGCGAAGCAGAACCCGCCCUUCGUUGACGACAUCAAUUGAAAGAUUUUACAAUACAGUACACGGGAUUUAACAGCAUCCUUCGUGAAACGGAAGCGUGAUAGCAUCGUUGGAAGAAUAAUGCCAGUAAAUUGAGUUCGAUUGCCCUGAAGGCUUCAAGACAAGAGAAAGAACAUAGGAGCGAAAAUCGUCGGUGCCGUACGGAAGCGAUAUUCCACCAUUAAAAUGACUCUGUACUGGUGGACACAUUGGUUCUGGAUCACCGUUUGCGCUGUGGUCCUCAUCGAAUGCACCCCGCUCAGCUCGAUCGAUGCCUACCCCAGCAAACUAUCCAAGCUGGAAGAAAACAGCAACAAAUCAACAUAUCUGAAACGAGCUGGUCCCGGAUCUCCCUUCAUAUCAUCCCUCCCGCCAAUGGCAGCCGCUUCCAGUGGAUUACUGGGUUCGCCCACGAACACCGGAUCCCCGGCAGCUCCAACGGUGAACAGCAUCGUUUCGGAUGAGGCUUUCGUCCCCCAACACACGCAGGAAGAUAUCGAUGACACCUUUCCCGGUGGUAGUUUGUCCGGUACAGACUUCGGGCCGAACGUGGUGAGGUACACGCGAAAAGAUAUCGGAGCAAGUAGCAGCACAGUUUCGGCAGUUAGAAGCUCCAGUGUGGUAGCUGGAGACGUUAAUACGGACUCGCCGAUAUCGUCUUCGACGCCGGGACCGAUUGCUGGUGGAGGACGGUUGAAAAAGAAUGGAACUAUUUUUACCCGGAACGAACAGAACAUCACGACGUUGAAGUUGAAAAACUACAACCGAGGAACGGAAAAGGAGGAUCUCAAGGAAGCGCCACGCCUUCCCGAACAUGGCACUCGUCUGGUGGAAACCCUAAUGCUGACGGCAGUUGACAACAGCACCGAUGCGGCAUUGCUAACCCUCGAGCAUGCAUCCGAGGUGGAGUUGGCUAUCGAUGACGACGAGGAUGGCGACCACGUAAAUAAUGCCACCGCCGUCAACAUUCCCGAGGAUUCUCCCGAUGAUAACGCAACAUUCCCAGUGGAACUGGAACACGUAGCGCCGGGUGUCAUUGCCCUGCAAUCACCGGCUUCGUCCAGUGAUAGCAACAGUAGCUUUAGUAGUAGUAGUAGAGGUAACACUAGCAUUAGUACCGAUAGCAGUAGUAUUGAGAGGGAUAUUCCUGACAGUAGCCAUAGUGAUAGUAGUACGAGUAGCGUUAGCGUUAGUGCGAGCGAUCGGCGGAUCGGUAAGAUUCUUUCGUCGGAUUUCCGAGACUUUGUCAGCAACGGGCACAAUCCGAAUGCUAGCAGUUACAUCUCACGAGCUAUUGCUUUCUCCACCCAGAACCUGCAGGAAGGAAUUGACGAUCAGGAUCAUCCGCUGGAGGAUGAUGAUUACAGGCGAAGCUCCCGCAGUCAGCAGCGGUUAAAUGUGGGUGCAAUAUCCGGGAUUUGUCUAGCUUCGCUGGGGCUGCUUUCUGGACUGUCUGCCGCUUUGAUUAUCCUGUACCGGCGGUAUCUGUACAUUAAUAAGCCCCAAACACUAAGCGAACCGGACUCGAGCGGGUACAUUGACGACAGCACCAUCCGGGAUAAUUCCGAUGAAAUGUACAGUCUGGAUAAUGACUCGUUCCUGAACUCGCUGGAAGCAAUGACGAUUCAAAACUAUUGGACCGAUAAUGUGAAGCAUACGAAGCUUUAAGAGACCUGCUUGAUUGUGUUCCGCCGAAUGCCGGUCCAGAGUAGUCAGUUUAUUGACUACAAUACAUACACACACACAUACACAAAAUGAUUCAAAUUUUUACACUUAAAUUUAGUACUUACAUUAUUUAUAGAUUAUUAUUAUCGAUUGCAAUCAUUCCGUCAUGAGCCGUCCCUUAUAGUGAUUGAUAGUUAUUAAACAUUACUAAUUAAUUUUUGAGUUAGUUUUACCGCAUUCCUUGCAUAUCUUGACUCGAUUUAGAGUAGUUAUUAUGUGUGCGUACUAGUACCGACAGGAACGGAAUCGACGUUUUCGUUUGAUAAUUUGAUAAAUUCUUUCAACUUUCAAUAAUUCGCAAAGUUCUACAAAACUGCGUACGGUUGACGAACGAUUGAACCUGUAACUGGAUAGUAUUUUUCAAAAUUGUGAUUUAAAACAGUAGUUGAAGAGAAAAGGAAUGGAUAGAAUAGAACUGAAGUGGAAUAUAUUUAUAGCAUUAAUUCACCAGCUGAUUGAAUUGAGUUGAGGAAGAAAAGAUAUAAAUGACAAAAGCGUCUCAUGUGGUUCAAAUUCGAUUUUAAGGAAACUAAAUCAUGAAGUCAAUGUGAGAUUUUCAAUCUGAUUAGCUUGGUUUCUACUAAAUGCUGUAAGACGUAAAAAAAAGAACACUCAGUCGCCGAAACCAAGCAUUUUCUAAUUCCUUGAUUUUAUGAAUAAACAUCACGCUUUAUUGGAAAGAGAA